CAUGAUAGGUAGAAAAGAAUCCUGUGCUUCAGGACAGAUACCGAUGACUGACCUAAGCUGGCUUGCCUACGCACUGGAAGAAUGGACUGUUGUCGAGUACCUGAAGAAACACCUUUUCCAUGUGGUCAUUGUCUCACUGACAAUCAGUGCAAUAUUAGUUUUUUUUAUAGUUCCUUUAACAAUCCUCUUUAUCAUUUACCUUACUAAUAUUUUGCUUUUAAUAUAUCAGAGGAACGGUGAGGUAAAAGCAGAUCCCUUGAGUGAUGUUUGGGAUAGUGCAAGGAAGAUGAUAGCAAGCUUUUGGGAUAUAUAUGCGAGAAUAUGGCAUGGUUAUGAGCUUCACGGUGUGGAAAACCUACCAGAAGGACCAGGCAUUCUUGUGUAUUACCAUGGCGCUAUUCCUAUAGACUACCUUUACUUCUUGUCUAGGCUGUUUCUCUGGAAGAAAAGACUUUGUCUCUCAGUAGCUGAUCAUUUUGUCUUUCGUCUACCAGGACUUAAAUUGUUAUUGAAAGUGACAGGUGUGAUGCCAGGUACAAGGGAGGAGUGUCUCAUUGCACUGAAGAAUGGACACUUGGUGUCCAUCUCACCAGGUGGAGUUAGAGAAGCCCUGUUCAGUGACGAAAGUUAUCAGCUCAUGUGGGGAAAUCGAAAAGGCUUUGCUCAGGUCGCUCUAGAUGCGAAAGUGCCCAUCAUUCCAAUGUAUACUCAAAAUGUCCGGGAAGGAUAUAGGAUGUUUAAAGAAAGAAGAUUUUUUAGGCAGUUGUAUGAAAGUACUCGAUUGCCGUUUACUCCUCCGUACGGAGGACUUCCAGUUAAAUUCCGCACAUACAUCGGGGAGCCAAUCCCUUAUGAUCCGAAUAUAACUACAGAGGAAUUAGCUGAAAAGACAAAGACUGCCGUCCAGGCUCUCAUAAGCAAGCACCAGACAAUCCCAGGCAGCAUAUGGAAGGCUUUACUGGACCGAUUUGAUAAACGUAAAAGUGAUUAG